CUACGGGUAUUUCACCGUUUUUUUUUAAUCUUUGUCUGUCUGGGUAGAACAAGCACGACAAGAAAAAAAUUUAGAUCGUUUAGUUAAUACGUCUAUUCAACAAACCAAUGAUAGUGAUACACAAGCAACAAAUUAUUCCAACAACUCAUUAUAUAGAUCUCCACAAAAUGUUGAAACUGCGCACUACCAAAAUUCAUCACAUAUAAAUUCUAAAGGUUAUUCCGCAAGCGUAUACUCACCUCGCACAACAUACAAUCGAUUUCAUGAUCCAUCAUCGCCACGUUCUCCACCUCAAACUAAACAAUCUCCGUUUAAUGCAUUACACUAUCAGUCACGCCCUUUACGAUGUUAUCUAUGUCAGAAAUUGGGCCAUUUUGCUCGUGAUUGUAGAUCUGCAAAAAACUAUUAA